AUGGAAGGACAAACACAAAUUUCCAGUUUUAACUCAUGUUUUAUAGGAUCCACCGUGAGAACCUUCACUCCGUUUUAUUUCCUGGUGGAGCCAGUGGACGCUUUAUCGGUUCGAGGGGCUGCUGUUAUACUGAACUGUUCAGCUUACUGCGAGCCUUCUCCCAAAAUUGAAUGGAAGAAAGAUGGGACUUUCCUAAAUUUGGUGUCAGAUGACCGGCGCCAGCUGCUACCGGAUGGCUCGUUAUUAAUAAAUAGUGUGGUGCAUUCCAAACACAAUAAACCUGAUGAAGGAUAUUAUCAAUGCGUGGCAACUGUGGAAAGCCUUGGAACCAUUGUAAGCAGAACAGCAAAGCUUACAGUAGCAGGACUUCCAAGGUUCACCAGCCAGCCAGAAUCAACGUCUGUCUAUAGAGGAAACAGCGUAAUUCUGAACUGUGAGGUCAAUGCUGAUCUAGUACCAUUUGUGAGGUGGGAGCAGGAUCGUCAGCCGCUCUUUAUGGAUGACCGUUCAUUCACACUGCCAACGGGAGCCCUAAUCAUUAGCAAUGUUACGGAUGGGGAUGAAGGACUCUAUCGCUGUGUCAUGGAAAGUGGUGGGUCUCCCAAAUACAGUGAUGAAGCAGAGCUUAAAGUUCUUCCAGAUCCAGUCGUUCCAUUAAGCCUGGUGUUUCUGAGGCAGCCUUCUCCACUUACCAAAGUUACUGGGCAAAGCGCAGUUUUUCCAUGUGUCGCUGCAGGAGUCCCAACUCCAGUUGUCAGGUGGACAAGAAAUGAAGAAGAAUUUACCAUAGAAGGCUCUGAAAGAUUUCUGUUGCUGGCUGGAGGGAGCCUACAGAUCAGUGAUAUCACAGAAGAUGAUGCUGGGACAUAUGCCUGCAUUGUGGAUAAUGGGAACGAAACAAUUGAAGCUCAAGCAGAUCUUACAGUUCAAGCACCACCUGAAUUUCUGAAGAAGCCUGCUAAUAUUUAUGCUCGUGAAUCUAUGGAUAUUGUCUUUGAGUGUGAAGUGACUGGGAAGCCAACUCCAACAGUGAAAUGGGUCAAGAAUGGAGACAUGGUGAUCCCUAGUGACUACUUCAAAAUUGUAAAAGAACAUAAUCUGCAGGUUUUGGGCCUUGUGAAAUCAGAUGAAGGAUUCUAUCAGUGCAUUGCAGAAAAUGACAUUGGAAAUGCGCAGGCUGGAGCCCAGCUGAUAAUACUUGAACAUGAUGUUGCCAUCCCAACAUUACCUCCCACUUCACUGACAAGUGCCACUACUGACCAUCUAGCACCAGCCACCAGUGGACCCUUGCCUUCGGCUCCCCGGGACGUCGUGGCCUCCCUCGUCUCGACUCGCUUCAUCAAACUGACAUGGCGGACACCAGCUUCUGAUCCGUACGGAGACAACCUCACCUACACGGUAUUCUACAGCAAGGAAAGUAUGAACAGGGAACGUGUUGAAAAUACAAGUCGCCCUGGAGAGAUGCAAGUGACAAUCCAAAACCUGAUGCCAGAGACUGUGUAUGUUUUCAGAGUUGUGGCUCAAAACAAACACGGCCCCGGAGAGAGCUCAGUACCACUGAAGGUGGCAACUCAGCCUGAAGUUCAACUUCCUGGUCCAGCACCGAACCUUCGAGCAUAUGCUAAUUCACCCACUUCAGUCACUGUCACGUGGGACACACCAUUGUCAGGCAACGGUGAAAUCCAGAACUACAAGCUGUAUUACAUGGAAAAAGGGACAGAUCAUGAACAGGAUGUUGACGUUGGAGGUCACUCCUUCACCAUUAAUGGAUUAAAGAAAUACACAGAGUACAGCUUCCGAGUGGUAGCCUAUAAUAAACAUGGCCCUGGAGUCUCCACCCAAGAUGUUGUUGUGCAAACUCUGUCAGAUGUCCCCAGUGCUGCGCCCCAGAACCUGUCACUGGAAGUGCGGAAUUCCAAGAGCAUCAUGAUGCAUUGGCAGCCCCCUCCUACAGGAACACACAAUGGUCAAAUCACUGGCUACAAAAUUCGCUACCGCAAAGCAUCUCGUAAGAGUGACAUGACUGAGAGCAUUGGUGGGACACAGCUGUUUCAGCUCAUCGAAGGUCUUGAACGAGGUACAGAAUACAGUUUCCGUGUGGCUGCCUUAACAAGCAAUGGUACAGGACCAGCAACUGAUUGGAUAUCAGCAGAAACUUUUGAGAGUGAUCUAGAUGAAACUCGUGUUCCUGAAGUUCCAAGCUCCCUACAUGUUCGGCCGCUUGUUACAAGCAUUGUAGUGAGCUGGACUCCUCCUGAAAACCAGAACAUCGUGGUAAGAGGCUAUGCUAUAGGAUAUGGCGUUGGCAGUCCUCACGCACAAACUAUCAAGGUGGACUACAAACAGCGCUAUUACACCAUUGAGAACUUGGAUCCAAGUUCCCACUAUGUCAUAACUUUGAAAGCAUUUAACAAUGUUGGUGAAGGAAUUCCACUGUAUGAGAGUGCAGUGACCAGGCCUCAUACAGACACUUCCGAAGUUGAUUUAUUUGUUAUUAAUGCUCCAUACACUCCAGUGCCAGAUCCCUCCCCCAUGAUGCCACCGGUGGGAGUUCAGGCUUCCAUUCUGAGCCAUGACACCAUAAGGAUCACAUGGGCAGACAACUCCCUGCCGAAGAAUCAGAAGAUAACAGAUGCUCGCUACUACACGGUCCGCUGGAAAACCAACAUUCCUGCAAACACAAAAUACAAGACUGCAAACACAACCACCUUGAGCUACUUAGUGACUGGUUUAAAGCCAAACACCUUGUAUGAGUUCUCUGUGAUGGUGACGAAAGGUCGAAGAUCAAGUACUUGGAGUAUGACAGCGCAUGGAACUACCUUUGAAUUAGUUCCUACAUCUCCCCCAAAGGAUGUGACUGUCGUGAGCAAAGAGGGGAAACCUAGAACCAUCAUUGUAAACUGGCAGCCUCCGUCUGAAGCCAAUGGCAAAAUUACAGGAUACAUCAUUUACUACAGCACAGAUGUGAAUGCGGAGAUACAUGACUGGGUCAUCGAGCCUGUGGUGGGAAACAGAUUGACCCACCAGAUCCAAGAGUUAACCCUCGAUACACCAUAUUAUUUCAAAAUCCAGGCACGGAACUCCAAGGGCAUGGGGCCUAUGUCGGAGGCAGUACAGUUCAGAACACCCAAAGCUGAAUCCUCAGAUAAAAUGCCUAAUGAUCAAGCAUUAGGAUCUCCAGGAAAAGGAAGUCGGCCAUUGGAUAUAGGACCUGACUUCAAACCACCCAUGAGUGGCAGUAACAGUCCUCAUGGAAGCCCCACGUCUCCCCUGGAUAGCAACAUGCUUUUAGUCAUCAUAGUGUCUGUUGGAGUGAUCACCAUUGUGAUAGUGGUGAUUGUUGCAGUCUUCUGCACUCGGCGCACCACCUCUCAUCAGAAAAAGAAACGAGCUGCCUGCAAAUCAGUGAAUGGAUCCCAUAAAUACAAAGGAAAUUCUAAGGAUGUCAAACCUCCUGACCUUUGGAUUCAUCAUGAGAGAUUGGAGUUGAAGCCCAUUGAUAAAUCUCCAGACCCCAACCCAAUCAUGACAGACACCCCAAUCCCUCGAAACUCCCAGGACAUCACACCAGUUGACAAUUCCAUGGAUAGCAAUAUCCAUCAAAGGCGCAACUCAUACAGGGGGCAUGAGUCUGAGGAUAGCAUGUCCACGUUGGCAGGAAGAAGAGGGAUGAGGCCAAAAAUGAUGAUGCCAUUUGAUUCUCAGCCCCCUCAGCCUGUGAUUAGCGCCCAUCCCAUCCAUUCACUCGAUAACCCUCACCACCAUUUCCACUCUGGCAGCCUCGCUUCUCCAACUCGCAGCUAUCUCCAUCAUCAGGUCAACCCUUGGCCGACUGGCACCUCCAUGUCCCAUUCAGACAGGGCCAAUUCCACAGAAUCUGUGCGGAAUACACCAAGCACAGACACCAUGCCAGCUUCCUCAUCUCAGACAUGCUGUGCUGACCAUCAAGAUCCAGAAAGUGCUGCAGUAUCUUAUCUGGCCAAUGCACAGGAGGAGGAUUCAGGCCAAAGUCUCCCUACUGCCCACGUCCGUCCCUCUCACCCUCUGAAGAGUUUUGCAGUGCCAGCAGUUCCAGCCACAGGUUCAACAUAUGAUCCUGCGUUGCCAAGCACACCGUUACUGUCUCAGCAAGCUUCGAACCAUCCAGUUCACUCGGUGAAGACUGCGUCUAUCGGGACUUUAGGGAGAACUCGACCACCUAUGCCAGUGGUAGUACCCAGCGCCCCCGACGUUCCAGAGACCACCAGGAUGCUUGAGGACUCAGAAAGUAACUAUGAACCGGAUGAGCUGACCAAAGAGAUGGCCCACCUGGAAGGACUAAUGAAGGACCUUAAUGCCAUCACGACAGCAUGAACACCUUCACCAGGACAUGACUCCAAAUCAAGUUACAUAAGUCUUGGAACUCUGCCUUGGACCACAAGGAAUUGUACAGCGAAAGAGAGGGAUAGCACAGGAGAGCAGACAUAGAAAGCAAACAAAACAACUGGUGCAUUAAUGCUAAUGUUGGUUAAAAAAUGACUUUUCUCCUUGUCGUCCAGAAACAAAGUCAUUGCCAGGCUGAAGUCUGUUUGCCUGCUGAAUCCAUGCAGGAUGGGGACACAUCAGGUGAAAUCUAGUGUCCAGACAAGAGGGGGAAAAAGCAGAUGGACUCUGCAUUCUUUUUCUGGUCAGGUUUUGUCUCAGUGGUGUGAUUGCCCUGCCUUUUCAGUGUUGGACAUUCGCAUUUAUGUACAAUUUUGUGUGUUUUUAUUUUAUUUUAUCUUUUUUUAUAAAAAGGAAAAAAAAUUGUGUAAUCUGAAAAAAAGAAAACUGUUGUUGUUUUCCCCAACCUAGACUGACGUUUGACUGCUUGUUCUAUUGUGUAUGGAAGUUCAUUGCCAAUGUGGGUAUUCUGUUUUGUUUUUAUUCUGCAUAUAAUUACAUCUCCUUCCCGCAGUUAAUCCAUGGCCAUUUGGGAUGCUGCAUUGCUAUUUGUAAGCUCUUAUAUUAUUUUUAUAUUAUAAUUAUUAAAAGCCUGACUUUCUCCUCUCAUCACUGUGAGAUUACAAAUCUGUUUGAAUUGAAAUGUAACACUGAAAGACUUGUUUGUCGCUUUUUGUGCAGUUUCAAUAUUUUGAUUGGGGAAAGAAAAGGGGGAGGGGAGCCAUGGGCUAGUAGGAGGUUUCCUUAUUGUCGUUUUCCAGUCUUCAUAUGUUCACUAAAAGACUGAAGAAAAUGAAAGCAUCUUCUGUUAUGUCCUUUCUUGUAACUUAAUCAUACAGUGUCUCUGGUUAUUAAAUUGCAGUGCGAGUCUUUUAGAACCAUUUUUUAAAAGUUCCUCUUGUACAGUAGGAUUCUUAUGUACAGAUAACAUCAUACCUUAUUUUGGCAACAGUGCUUGGAUUUAUUGUUAGCUAUCAUUUUAAAGAUCCUACAGAUAUUAACAAUUAAGUGCAAAUUGAGCAUUAUUUCAGCUCUUAGGACAUGCAGCAAACAGUUUGCACAACACUUAUCCGCUGCUAUGAUACUUAAAUCUAGGGUUUAAGUACUGGCAUAUCCUGAAGCAGAGAACUGUGGAGGGGUUGUAAUCCAAUAGCAUGCCUUUGGAAACAAUCAAACUCCACUAAUGCGAUCUUUCCACUAUAUAAACCCCAGCCAGCAGCUCUUUCAGCUAAAUCCACCCCAGUGUAAUUUUUCUAUCCCAGACCAUUUAAACAGUGCUUUGAAAAGAAUUUUAAAUGUUCAACUGCAAUUGAGGCAAAAUGUAUUUUUACACAUUGAAAACCAUAUAAAAAUCAGUAUUAAUGUCUCAGGUGCUGCUCUCACAUCUCUCUAGGAGGGGGAGGGAAGUUAAAAGGGAAUUCCUGCAGGAGGAAAACAAGGACAACUGAAGUGUUGUCUUUUUCCAACGUGCUGUAGGAAUGGUGACUGGCCUAAGGAGAUGAAAUCUCCGCUUUCCUUGGAACUCAAGAUAUACACUUUGUUAGGAAGAAAACAAAACCAGAAUUUACUGAUGGCUUGAUAUGGAAAAUCUACUCUGCCAAAGCAGGUGGUUAAUAGGCUGGGAGUCUCUUGUGCCUCUCAGAACACUGAGCAGAAAACAUUAGGAUUUAUAUAAUAAUAAAGCAAUAAGUCUGUAUUUUCUUUUUCUUGUCCAUUUGGAUUAAAAGAUGACUCUCUAGGCCAGUGGUCUGGUUCCUGACACUGAGAAAGAAAGCAAUGAAUCAUCCUGGAAAUUGGCUGCAACUUAAUUGAGAUUUGACUUCCUUUCUUUUCUUGGACUCCUUGUGUGUUGCCAUUCCCAGCAGAUUUGCUGGUAUUAUUUAUUAUUUGGGGGGUGGGGAGGGUUUGGGGAAAAGUGUAACAUUUGAGCACCCUGGGCCACACUGAAAAUAGAUGUUCAGCUGUUAUGGCAAUACAAUUCAGGGCAAAAUAAGAUACAGAACUUGUAUUUAACAAAACACACACACUUGGAUGCACAUGUUGCUUCUGACAUGUUGUGCGUGUUUUCCUCUGACCUAUACCCAAAGAAAUACCAUCAUGUGUACUCAGUAUUCUUAGCUGUUGGGUCUUUGUGAAUAUUACUUCUGUAAAACACGGGGAAUGUUAAUAUUGUCACUGAAUUUGGGAUGGGGCUAGUAUUUUUAUUGAUAAAACAACUGUUCAAGGUUGGGUUUUUUAAGGUUAAACUAAAAAUCAAGUCACUGUACAAUCUGUAUUGCACUUUUUCAUGUUUUAAUGCUACAUUUUCUUACAUAUCCUGUGCUUUUGAAUUUGGAACAUUGUGUAUCUUGUAGUGUCACAGGCUGUGUUAAAUGGCAGCUUCCUUCAGAAGCAUUUGGGGAAAAAACAAACCAGCCCUGUCUAUGGCUUUUAUUCUGAUGUAGGAGAAUUUUGAGGACUGCUGUAGAAUUCAACCUUUCUGUACCAUUUUCUCCCCUCCCCCCUUUUUUUGGCUUUUCUGUAGUAUUUGCUGUAUACUCUAUGGCUUUUUUAAUAACUUCAUGUUUAUUAUUUAGUAUUGGAUAUCCAAUACACUUUUUUAAUCCAA